AUGGAUCACACCUCCAUUGAGGUAACCGAACCUACCGAUCCGAAGGUUAUCUCAUUUCACUACACCACUUCGGAAUGUUUCAACGAUGGAGAACUUGAAACUGUAGCACCCUUCCGGUGUCUAGCUGCUGUGCCACCCGAAGGAAGCACGAGGGCUUGGAUACUGCCAGGUUGCCAAAGCCUAGAUAGAGAAAGUCGAGAGGCGUGGCUACUGAUCUGUUCGCCGAGCUUGGCAUUUGAUUUGCAAACGUUUCGUCACUAUACGAGGAGACAUCAGCAGGGCGAACCCAGCUCUGCACAACAACCAAUAAACUCACCCGAGCUACCAAUAUUUCAACAAAUUACCAACUACCUAAUGGAUUCUAUUUGGAGAAUGAUGCACAUGUUUUUCAAUUCUGAAGAUGACUCAAUUGUCUACCUCAAAUUUUAUACGGGACAGACUGGUGGGCACAUUCAGGAUCAUGGACAGAGUGAAAUAGGUAGUCAAAUUUGGCGUACUCUUGCCUGGAUUCCUCUGAGAAUUGUGAUUUUUUUGCGUGAAAUUUUGUGCAGUUUUUCUUUUGCAACAUACUUUUCAGUGAAAUUAAUGGACGUCAUGAAUAGGAGCUUGCAAACAAAUGCAAACUCGAUGUUCGGAAGAAGGAGACUUCUGGUGGAUAAUAAAAUAAUAUAA